AUGACGCCCCCUGACGGCGAUUAUCUCCGUUUUCUCAUCUCGAACAAGCUAUUUUUCUAUCCCCCUUAUGUUCCGUCGCACGGCCGCCGCCACAUCGAUGCCUUAAGCGGAACCGUUGGGGCGGCCGCAUCCCUUCCCCGCAGAAACGAACACGCCGCGGCGGGAGGUGGCCGCAUCGGCGCGUCCAGGUGCGAUGUAUCGCACGAGCUGGAGCCGCGGCUCAUCCGUGGCGCCGCCGCCCCCGCGUCUAGCCGCCGCUGUGAGCCACGCGGGGACGGCGACUCCUCCGUGAGCGCGGAACUGCUCCGAGUCGCCAUGAUACGCAGCUGGUUGAUCGCACCCGCUGCACCCCCUGCCGAUUCUAGUAGAUUCGCCUCGCCGCCCGUUACUACCGGCGCCCAGCAGCAGCUGUCAGCGGAGGAGGCGUGGCCACGGAAGAGGACGCGGGAGUCAGAACCGGCGGCGCCGGCAGAGCAGCCUGCAGCAGAGCAGGCAGCUGAAGAGCAGCCGGCGGCAGAGGCGCCGUGCAAGAGCUAUAAAGUAGAGCAGAGCUAUAAAGUGAGCCGACUCGGAGUCACGGCGAGGAGCGCCGCCGCGCCUCUCAUUCCCGAGCCACCUCAGUUGCCGUGCAACACUAUCACAUCAAAUAGCAACCGUACCGGACCGCACAGCACCGGUCUCCUUCCCCAAGCACCGCGUACGUGGAGCCAGCACGGCAAGGCCGAGGCGCAGCUUUCCGGGGAAAGGGACCUGCAGUGCAGAUCUCCUGUGGAAGGGCUGACCUUGCACGGCCCAUGGGUUGGUACCAGCAGUGCUGGUACUACUAGUCCCACCAUUGCCCUCGCGGAGGUCCCAGCCGCACAGAGUGCUGCCAGUGGCAAACCCGAAGGUUUCACUCCCCGGGCGGAGGCACUAGCAGCUGCUUGCAGUUGGGAUGGGCGGCUGCUGGGGGAAUCUAGCCAGGGCGUGGGGGGUGCGGCAGGGGAACGAAGCGGGGGAAGCGGGGAGAGUGGGGGAACGGCGGGACGGGCGGAAACCGAUGCUGCCACCACACCACCUCUUUCUUCUCCCUUUGAAAGCACACACUCUCUGAGCUUCUUGCCUGCCAACCCCCACCAUGCCGUUACUCCCUACCCAAGCAGCAGUGCUCCCGACCAUUCCACUGCAGCCGCAUCUGUUGCGAGAAACCCGGGAUCAGGCAGAGGCCUUGAGGCGAGCUUUGAGGCGCCUCAAAACGCAUCUCUUGCGAGGAACCCGGGAUCAGGCAGAAGCCCGGCGUGUGGGUCAGUGGAUCUGUCCCUUCGUUUGGGAUUGAGCCAAGAGGCAGAAGAGAAAGAGGCAGAAGAGAAAGAGGCAAAAGAGAAAGAGGCAAAAGAGAAAGAGGCAAAAGAGAAAAAGGCUGCAGGGGGGGAUGAUGAAGGAGGUGCGGGUGGAGCAGACGAGCAAAGGGGAGUGUCAUCCUGGGGAUUGUUAUCCAUGCCAGGCCAUCAGUGGUACGCCCCUUAUGGGGGAUGCACCUCGUGUGACGCCAGGUCUCAUAAGUCAGCUUUUGCAGCGUUGAGCGACCCUGUGUGUUGCCUCAAAGCGGUUGGGCCUGUGGAGCCGGGCUUCAGCGCACCUGUGCGCGCACAUGGCGUUGAGACUUCUCAGGAGCCAGGUUUCAGGGCGUCUAGUUUUGAGGCGCCUCAAAGCCAUGUGGCUUGUCUCAUGGCUGUUGGGCCUGUGGAGCCGAGUUUCAGAGCACCUGUGGAGCCGAGUUUCAGCGCACCUGUGGAGCCGAGUUUCAGCGGACCUGGGCUUGAGUCGCAUCACAAGCCGAGUUUCAGGGCGCGUGUGCAUGCACGCGGCAUGCAGCGGCGGAGCAGCCCAUUCACACUGCCAGCUGUUCCCGAGGGCUAUGCACUGCCGCAUGGUAGAACCUGGGCGUGUGAGUUUGCUAAUGCUGCUGCUACCGCUGUUGCUGCCGCUACUGCCGCCGCUGCUGCUGCUGCUCCUGCUGCUCCUGCUGCUCCUUCUCGCGCUGCUGCUGGCGCAUGUGUGGAAGUGUCUGGGGGGUAUGCAAUGGCGCGGGACAGCAUCUGGGAGUGUGAGUCUGCUGCUCCUGCUGCUGCUGCUGCUGUUGCUGGUACUGCUGGUUCUGGUGCUGGCCUAACAGAGAGCAUCUCUCCUAGUGAGAGCAGGGGCAGAAGUGUGUACGAUGAUCAUGCGCUGCUGUAUCAAAUCAACCUGGAGCGCCACAUGAGGGGCAAGGGGAGGAUGGGAGGCGAAGGGGAGAGGGCCGAGGCAUCCCUGUGGGAUUGGGCAGUGUGA